GCAUUCUUCUCUUCUUAGAAGCUCGAAGUUGUUAAACAUGUCUGGACGCGGAAAGACCGGAGGCAAAGCCAGAGCCAAGGCUAAGACUCGCUCAUCCAGAGCAGGUCUGCAGUUCCCCGUGGGUCGUGUCCACAGGCUGCUGAGGAAAGGCAACUACGCUGAACGCGUGGGUGCCGGAGCCCCGGUGUACCUGGCCGCCGUGCUGGAGUACCUGACGGCUGAGAUCCUGGAGCUGGCUGGCAACGCUGCCCGCGACAACAAGAAGACCAGGAUCAUCCCCCGUCACCUGCAGCUGGCUGUGCGCAACGACGAGGAGCUCAACAAGCUGCUCGGAGGAGUCACCAUCGCUCAGGGAGGCGUUCUGCCCAACAUCCAGGCUGUGCUGCUGCCCAAGAAGACCGAGAAGCCCGCCAAGGCCAAGUAAACCUGCCUGGAAACCACAAACCCAACGGCUCUUUUAAGAGCCACCCACAUCUAUUUAAAGAGCCCGAUUCUAAUUAAUCUAUAAGCCAAGGCACUGCUGCGGAUAAAAAUUUAAUUUGUCAAUGUAAAAUAUUUUGCGUAUAUGGCAGGAUCCUCACGAGUUUCGUUUACUGAUACCCAAUGGUUCACAUAAUCCGUUCAUUUACAACACAAGACUAGGAGACCCAAUUUUAUUUAUAUAGCACCAAUUCAUGAAACGUCAUCUGAAGGCACUUUGCAAAGUUAAAUUCAAUCAGAUUGGUAAAAAAAUUUCCUACUGGAGGUUAACACCAAUAAAAUUGCUGUCAGGAACAAUCAAUAUCACUCCAGGUAAAAGUUACGCUAUUUUGUCUGGUACAUUCAUGCUGCUGCACACUAUUUACAUACAUAAAUUGAUUGCAAUCUGUUUCAGACUUUUAAAUAAUUACAUUUAAAUUGUAUCAGAUUUUAAGGGACUAUCUGCACAUUAACUUCUGGUAGUUUCAACUUAAGCAUUUAAUUUAUAUGAAUGUACCUCAUGUAUUUCUAUUUUUUACCUUCUGAUGAGUCUUUUCCUUCUACCCUACAACUUAACUUUAAAUGUUUUAUUUUUAGUGUUUGUCCAUUUGUAAUAGUCUCAAUAAGAUAAGAUAGACUUUAUUGAUCUCACAGUGGAGAAAUUCACAUGUCACAUCGGCUCAAUCAAAAGGAGGAAAAGGUGCAUUGACGUGUAUAUAUAGUGUGUCCAUAUA